UACAAAGAAUCAGUCGCAUUAAGACAACAUUACAGAAAAUUCAAAGAAGCCUCCAAGACAAAAAAUAGAGAUAACUAUAGCAAAGUAGCUCAAGAGGUAGAAAGUCCUUCAGAAACCGAAGAGAAAGAAGAAGCAAAAGAAGAAGCAAAAGAAGAAGCAAUGAGUAUAGAAACACUUGAAGAACAAGAGAUGAAGGAUGUCUCUCUCAGCAUAGUCAGCGAAAUGGAUAAUCUGCAAAAAGUGGCUGAACAAGCAACCACUUUCUCAGAAGCAGAACUUACAACAAGGGAUGAACUAGCACUUGAUGGUCCAUCAUUUAGAGAUAACAACAAAGAGAAUAACCCUACUCAAGGAAAUGUAUUGUUAGCAAUUCCAAUGGAGGAAGACUUUGCAACAGUAUCCUACAAAAGGAAAAAGAAUAAACAAAUCAAAAAUAUAUGCAAACAAGCAACAGUAAGGCAAACUCUAUACAAAAAAGGACGAACAGAGGAGAAUUCUCCAAAAGCUCAAUAA